AUGGGUCAUGAGAUCAUUUUCCACUUGCAGGCAUUCCACGAUUCACGCUCAAACAAGAACCCGACGGCCUUCAAGAAGAGCCAAGCAUCCCCUAGGCCGAUCCGACUGCAAAAGCUAUGCAGCAAGUCCACUUCUCAAGUGGGAGCCUCGCUGCAAGACCUGGCAAUCGAUGAAGAGCAGCUGCGAGAAGAGGUGCUCGGAGCAAAGCAGAGCUUCUUGGAGGGCUUCAAGGCCAAUCUCAAACGCUUCUCACCCGAGGAGGAGUCCCGUCACGAAGCAGACUUGGCCAAGCAUCACUUCUUGGAGGCGUUCUCCUCGCGGUGCCACAGCAAAGAGGAGAAGCAUCUGCGUUGGGACAUCGCGGACAACGCCUUGGAUGCUGAGGAGCUGCGAGCACUUCUACAGGAAGCGCAUCGCAGCAAGGUGGAGAAGGAGUUGCAGAAGCAGCAAGAAGAGCACGACGAGGCCGUUGAUCGCAUCCUGCUCCAGGUGCAGUCCUUCCAAACGGAGCUGAAGUCGGCUAUCGACUCCAAGCGCGUGCUGCAACAGGAGAUAGCGAGCAUGCAAGAAGCUCACCAGCUGGAGAUGCAGGAGCUGAAGGCGCAGCUCGUUGCAGGCCCCGAGCCGGAGGAGGCGAAUCUCCAGCAGAAACUUGCCGACUUGGAAGCGGAGAAUGAAGAGUGCAAAAGCCGCUUGGCGCAAGCGGCGCAAGCCCUCUCAAGCCACGAGGAUGCAUUGAAAGAGGCGCUUCAAGAAGCAACAGACCUCAGAGCUGAAUUGGUGACCGCCAGCACCGCGGAGGAAGAGGUUGCCAGGCUUCGAGAGGAGCUGGCGGCCAGAAUCCAGGCUGAGGCGGUGUCUCCCACGCAGAUGCAGCUGGCUGAUGAGUAUCAGCUUGCCCUCACUGAUAUGGCAUCGCUUCGAGAAGGCUACGAGCAAGAGAUUGCUGGUCUCCAGCAAGAGCUGAAGGUUCGGCAGGCAAGCUUUGACGAGGAGCGGCGAGCCAUGCAAGAGAAGCACGAAGAGCAUGCAGAGAUGGUGAGGAAGGCCAACAACAUGCAAGAUGUGCUGUCCAAGCGCGUGGUGCAGUUGGAAGCCAAACUUCAGCAGCAGAUGCUGGACAAGAAAGAUGCCGCGGAGGAGAUUCAGACUUUGCGAAGAUCAAGUGCUGCAGAGGUCGAGACGGCGCAGCAACUCAAGGAUUCGGAAGCUCGGGCAAAGUCGGCCGAGGAGUUGUUGGCCAAGACCGCCGAGAAUUUUCAGGCCUCUGAGACGCGGCGCCGGGAGGUGGAGGGCAUGGCGCGAGAGCUGAAGCAGCGAGUUGCGCAGCUUGAAGAGCAGCUGAGACGCAGGCCAUCCAGGCCAGACGCAAGCCUCGGCGAGAAGCUCGAGUCAGCGGUGGAUCGCGUUUCGCUGGUCAGGAACGCGCCCACUUUGCCGAACACACCCAUCCUGGAGACUCGGAAGGUGCUCGACACUCGGCGCAUCUCAAGCCAAUCCGGCCUGGCGCCGCAGGUGGCGCAGCAAUGA